UUCAGGGUCGGCCAAUUUGGGCUGAACCAAAGCUAUAUGCCGCCGCCGCCGGCAGGCAACAUCCAAACCCUAACCCCACGUACAGAACGUGGCAAAUAACCAGGCAGCCAUGGAAGAUCUCCCCGAUGAAUUGCUCGCGGACAUCCUCCGGCGCGUUCCUCCACGGAGUCUCGCGGUGUGCCGGAGCGUCUGCAAGCACUGGUGCGCCGCCGUCGACACCCACGAGCUGCUCCUCGCGGUCGCGCACCGCGUGCCCUGCGCUCUGCACGGCAUCUUCGUCAACUACGUCAACGUGCGAAGGUCCGGAUUCUUCUCCCGCAUCACGGCCGGGACUACCAGCCAGCCCUCUAUCGACGCCAGAUGGUUCGCUUCAUUCCCUGGCCAACUGACUCGCCACCGUAGCGUCCUGGAUCACUGCAACGGCCUCCUCCUCUACGAGAACAAGCAGGUGCAUGUGUGUAACCCCGUGACACGCAGGCGGGCAACGCUGCCUGCCCCGCCACGCGCACAAACUCCCUACAGCCACUUGCCCUACUACCGCCAUCGUAUGUACCUAAUGUUCGACCCAACCAUGUCGCUGCACUACCAUGUCCUCUUCUUCCCUGAUGCUCCCGACAGGCCAAAGCCACCGUAUUUUCAACCUGCGGGUGUGUCACAGUCUAUGAGAGCAAAUCACGAGCACGAGUGUAACACCUUGGGUGUAAUGGAAUGGCCACCGUACGUGUACCCGCUGCAAGUUUUCUCGUCGAAAACUGGCCGGUGGGAGGAGAAACAAUUUGUUCGUCAAGGUGAUGCGGCGGUUACCGUGUCGGAUGUGUGGUCAGAUGGAUCUUCACCAAUUAGCUGCCAAGAUGGGCUUCGACGCCAUGCAGUGUACUGGCGGGCAUCGUUCUAUGUAUAUUGUGACACCGGUUUCAUUAUGAGGUUGUCACUUGAAGACCGAAUAUAUUUAGCGAUCAAAACCCCAAGACAAGAUAUAACAGGGUGCAAGAGACAUCUUAAGACAUACGAGUAUCUCGGAAAAUCCAAGCAUGGUGUCUACUUCACCGCUUUCCAUGGUUACCAACUUCAGGUAUGGGUACUAAGGGACACAUUAGAAUCAUGUCGAACUCCUGAGUGGGAGCUGAAGCAUCAAGUGGACCUUGAGCCUAAGUUAAAGCUACACUAUAACAGACACUUCAGAAGAGAAAAGUAUGAAAAGUGUUGGAUCUUAGAUUCUUGUGAUGAAGAGUCCGAGGAUAGUGGACACUAUGCAUGGGAUUCUAGUGAUGAUAGCGUCAUUGAUGUUGAAGGAGGUAUUAAUAUGGAUUACAAAGAUUAUUACUUUGCCGUUGACUUGCUGGGGUACCAUCCUUACAAAGAAAUUGCUUUCAUGGGCAACCGUUUCCAAGGAUUUGCUUACUACUUGGACAACUCCAAGUUACAAUACUUGGGGUCACCUUACCCAGCAUACCUAACCAAGCAUGAUCGUCGUUUGCUACCCAUGCUUGAGUCAUUCAUCUACACUCCUUGCAUGGAUGAUCUGCUUCCUGUUCAAAAUGAUGCAUGAUGAGCAAGUUCUUAAUUUAAUUAGAUAUUAAGUAGGUUAGCAAUAUGUUUUAGGUGAGAGAAUAAUCAAAUGGUGGAUGGUGGGAUGCUAUAUAUGUUUUCUAUAAUUGAAUAAUGUUCUUUUUUAAAGAGGUGCAACUUGAUUCUUGUUACUUUUUUUGUCGGUUUUCUCCAUAUAGUUUUGCUAAAAAAUAUAUCGAUGUGUUUGGUUUUCA